UAUAGCAGGGUGACUGUUACCCCAAAGAGUUUCGUGCGACUUUAGAAUGCUGAAGUGAUGUGUAGGCCUUUCCCCCAGUGACUCCUAUUGUUGCCGGUGGAAAGACAUUUCAGACUGGUUAGUUGCCUCUGUAGCAGAGAUCUUUGGCAAGUGACUAACUCGCUGAGUGGGCUAUCAUCCCAUGUCUUUUUCCAGGAAACAUUAAUAAGCCUAUAAUCUAUGGGGGGCUGUUUGGUGGCUCAUUACUGGCCUCUGUAUCCAGAUAAAGUCUAAUUUAGAUAACCGUGUAUGACUGAGCCUUCUCUUAUCUUUGCUUACUCUGUUGCUUUAUGAAUUAAUGUUUAAUUUAGCCUGACUGUAUUUCUCUGCUGGGAAAUCAUAGCCAGACUCCCCGGGGCAAUUACACACCCGCCCCACUUGUUUCCAAUUCAAUAACUGGGGGCCACUUGGGUUUCUAGAGGUUUAGUGAGGGGCUUUGCAAUAUAUUUAGCGCUCCGCUAGGCAUGGAAUUGAUGGGGAAUGGGGUAAUGACUGCAGGCAGCUUGCCUUUAUUUAUCUCUAUGUGUCCUGCUGGAAUAAAAACAUGCAUCCUCAUUAAAGGGCUAAUUCCUAAUUUUGGAAUUCCAAUUUGGAAUUUUAGCAGCUAUCUGGUUACUAGGGUCCAAGUUACCCUAGCAACCAGGCAGUGGUUUGAAUAAGAGACUAGAAAAUGAACAGGAGGAGGGAGAGGAACUGAAUAGAAAGAGAAGGAAUUAAAAAAAAAACAAUAAAAUUGUAGCCUUACAGAGCAAUGGUCAGGUAGAGCUUGGUAGAGUAGUAGUUCCAUCACUGAGACCCAUCCUUUUUCCUGAACAUUGAGCUUAUGGCAGUGGGUCUCUGUAUGUACAUGCACCCCUCCCAGGGUUUGGGUGGCUCACCCCACUUCUUACCUUUCAGCCUGUGCUGUGCGGAACUGCUCCUGGGGGUCCCUGUGUGCCCGGGGGGUAUAGCAGCGCUGUGUGUGUCUAUGCCCGCUGUGCCCCAGAGGCUUUUAUAAUAGAGGUGCAGUGGGUACCAAGGUUCCUGCCCUAAGGGUUUAUUGCUACCUAUGAGUACCCCCCAUCUUAUGUAUAUUUAGCUAUGGGAGAAGCAGAAGGAAGGUGGGAGUGAGAAGGGGGGAGCCCCUUAUAUUUCUUAUGAAUGUGUACCUGCCCUACAUAGGGGUACAUGCAGUUUGUUCCAGGAAAGAACCUUUCACAAUGUAUGUCAGUUCUCACCCCCUCGCUUAUUAUUUCCUCUUUCACUUGCCGAGCAGCCUGUCUCCGCUAUAGCACGUCCCUGAUGUGCCCCUAGCCCUAGCGCCAUGUUGGGCACAGCCAGCGCACUCCUGCUACUGCCUCUCUUCAUAUUGUCAGGAUCCUAUGAAGCCUUCAAUAUUUCUGCCUCCCGGUCACAUGUGCGAGGCACCCAGAACAGCUCCCUCCUACUCUCCAUAUCCUACAACAUUCUCCCAGAGACCAGCUGGAUUCAGAUCAAAUGGGAUCUCCUGGAUCCCAAAACUGAACUGGUCAGAUGCACGAUACGUGGCCCAAACUCUUCCAGCGAGGAAGAAAACCUGAGCAUCAAAACCUUCCCACCUGGAGGAUUCGAGGGGCGUAUGCACAUUAUUCCAGAAAAUGGCUCCUUGGUUAUCCAUCGCCUGGCGCAGAGUGACAGUGGCAUCUAUCAGGUGACGUUAAGGGAUUCCAAGUCUUCGGCAUCAGCGACCAUCAACGUCACGGUGGAGGAUGCUAAAAAGGCAAUAACCUCUGUGUGGGAACAUGUUCCAGCCACUCCUAAUAACACAGAAACGGAGAUGAAAACCCAAACGGCGCCAUACUGCUUCUGCACGAGCAACUCCAGCAGCGUCAGUCUACCCACUUCCGCCGGCAUCGUCCUUGGCAGCCGGAUAUUCACGAUGCUCAUAACAUUAACCAUCUUCUUUUGCCUUGGCAUGGAAACGAAGCCGCCCAGGAGAAAUAUGAUAAGGAAGUAUUAUGGGCCCACUUGGAUUCAAUAAACGUUUCUUGGUGAACAAACAUAAUAAUUAAGGUUGAAAAAAGACAUGUCAGUUGAGCGCACAAACUCCCUCCAGUUCCUUCCUGACUCCCAGAGGGCAAUGGGACCAGUUCCUGGGUAAAUUUCAGUAACUCUCUGCAUGUAACCCUUUCUUGAAACUAAUAUUCACUGCCGCAAAGUGCACAGUGAAAAUUUUUCAACUUCAUGUGAUAUUAAGGAUUCCAUUUGGCCAAGAGUGUGGAUUCGGGCAAAUCCGAAUCCUGCUGAAAAAGGCCGAAUCUUGGCCAAACCCCAAACAGAAUCCUGGAUUCGGUGUAUCCAUAAUUAUUGAAUUAUUCAGUCCAAAGACAGUGGUAAGCUUUUGUAUCAGUCUAUAUUUAAUGUAAUCUGUAUGUUUCAUGUAUACACCCAUCGUGCAGCGCUGGGGAAUAUGUUGGUGUUAUAAAUACGCAAUAAUAAGAAUAAUAAUACCUGUAUGUUCCUUUGAGAUUAAUAUAACCCGAGCCCUACAGACUGCGCCCAAUUUACCUCUCUUUAUUAGUAACCCCCCCGCCCUACCUUGUCGGUCAGUCUGUAGGGUAGGAGCAGGUCAGUCUGCAUCAGGGCCCUGUACUUACUGGCUAAAACUGGCCAUA